UGUGUAAGAAUUUGUCCUUCAAGAAAAUAAUAAUAAUAAUAGUGAUAACUUGCUUAUGUGAAAUAUGUAGACAAAUGUUUUGUCCUUUGGCAAAUGUGGAGGAUUUCAGUUCAGAUGAGCUUCUGUCAAUCACUUCUUUGUUAUAAAUGGGGUGGGGCUUCUACAAGUGUUUUGAAGCUUGAAGUAGGGAAAAAGUGUAUAAAAGCCGGUCAUAGACAGAGAAGAUUACCAGUCAUUUGGGUGAAAAUUCAUUGCAUCUCUGAAGAAAUCCAGACAGAUUUCAAAAUGCCUCCUCCAGUGGUUCCACAUGGCAUGUGCCUAAAAGUCAUAGAUGACCGCAACAUGAGGGGUGGCAUGGGCUCUGAAACAAAUCCUUUGAAGUUCAUGGAUCAGGACUACAAAUUUUUACAAGACUACUGUCUCAAAACAAGACAGAGAUUUGUGGAUGAGUUUUUCCCGCCAGACCCUCGUUCCAUUGGCGAAGGGCUGCUGAAGCCAGAAGUCAUGGCCCGAGUGGAGUGGAUGAGACCAACGAAAUUGUAUCCAGAUGCAGCUGAGUUUAUCAUAGAGUCGGUGUCUAGGUUUGACUACUCCCAAGGGAAUAUAGGAAACUGCUGGUUUCUGGCCUCUGUUGGGGCUCUAACAUUUCAAAGCAAAUUAUUACAUAAGGUCAUCCCAGAUGGACAAUCAUUCAGCAACAAUUAUACUGGUUUAUUUCACUUCAGGUUCUGGCGGUUUGGAAAAUGGUAUGAUGUUGUGAUUGAUGACAAACUGCCAACAAUCAACCGCCAGCUGAUUUUUGUGAAAUCAAAAACAUUUAAUGAGUUCUGGCCAGCCUUGCUGGAGAAAGCCUAUGCCAAGGUGUGCGGCUCCUACGCUGACAUGCACACUGGCCGGGUAUCUGAGGCCCUCAUGGACUUCACCGGUGGGGUUCAUAUGCACUACGAAAUGAAAACGGCUCCGACCGAUUUAUGGGAGAUAAUGUACCGUGCUUUUCAGUCAGAAGUCCUUAUGGGCUGUGAAACUCCACGAGGGAAUCAUAAUGAGGAACGAUUACCAAAUGGCAUAGUUCUGGGCCACGCUUACACUGUGACAAAGGUUUACCAGGUCAUGAGUGGUAGACAUCCAGUUCAGCUGGUGAGAUUGUUCAACCCAUGGGGAGACAGUGAGUGGAAUGGAGACUGGAGUGACAAAUCACCCUUGUGGAACACAGUAAGUGAUGAGGACCGUAAACAACAUCUUCUGAAUGAAAAUGGAGAGUUCUGGAUGCCAAUUAAAGAUUUCAUUAGAACAUUUGACAACAUGGAUAUCUGCUGUUCCUGUCCUGAUUUUCUGGAAGGAAAGUCUGCAUGUCACUGGAUUUCCAAGAGUCACCAUGGCAGCUGGGUUUCUGGGAGUACAGCUGGAGGCUGCAUGAAUCAUUUAGACACCUUUUGUACCAACCCCCAGUUUUGGCUGAAGAUUAAUGAGAUGGAUAAGGCCUGUGAGCAGGGCCAGAGCAAUGUUCUGGUGUCCCUCAUACAGAAACCUGACAAGAGAAACAGACGCCUUGCUGCACACCAUGGCAUCGGCUUCUGCGUGUUUGCAGUUCCACCCGAGAUGAGAUCUGAGGGAAAGUUGGGAUCAAGCUUUUUCUAUAGAAGAAAGCCUGUGGCAACAAGCGGGGACUUUCAGGAUGCAAGACAGGUGAUGAGCUUCUUCAGGCUAGAGCCAGGAGAGUAUCUCAUUGUACCGUCCACUUACAGCCCCAAUAAGAAUGCAGAAUUCAUCCUGUCCAUUCUGUGCAAAAAUGACAUCCACAUUCAAAAGGACACAGAACGGACCGAGAAAGAUUUUCUUGUGGAUCUUGUCGGCGAGUCUGAGGCUGGAUACGCUGAACAAGUGGAUGUAGGAUUGAAAGAUAAAACCCUGUUUCGACAAUAUUCUGAUCAGUACAAAGUUGUUGAUGCUGAGAAACUUCAACAGCUUCUUCAGGAAAACCUGCUUAGAGGGAAUAAAAAUGCUGAAGGAUUUGGCCUGGAUUCUUGCAGAAGUAUAAUUGCCAUGUCAGAUUUCUCUGUCAGUGGAAGACUUCGUGGAUCAGAAUUUCUUCGUCUGUGGAACCGCAUUAUGACGUACAAGAAUAUCUUCUACAGCAUGGAUUCUUCCAAAGAUGGCGUACUGUCUUUGAGCGAACUUCAAAACGCAUUAGAGAAAACAGGCAUGCAUCUAAAUGAAGACAUCCUGAAUCUCAUGUUUGUGCGCUAUGGUGGUGCUUCAGAACAGAUUUCUCUGGAGGGUUUCAUUUGCCUUGUCAUGCGUUUGAACUGCAUGGCUAGCAUAUUCCAGAAACUCUGUGAAAAUGGGAAGAUAUCUCUUAAUGAGAGUGAGUGGAUAGGACUCACCAUGUACUCAUGAGGGAAAGUCUGCUUGCCAGGAGGUUUGCCAACAAAUGCAAGAAGCAGUGUGACAAGAAAACAUUAGUUCGGUGAUCAAAAACCAAUCAGCGGUUUAGGCAAUCUAUACAAAUUGUGAUGCUUUUCUUUUUCGUCCUUUUAUCCCUCUAAGAAUUCAAAUGCUUUUCUUUUUUUCUUACAAUUAUCAUUUGAUAAUUGUUAUAACUGUUUAAUAACUGUUUGUUUUUCAUGUAAUGUAUGUAUUUCUCAUUGUAAAUCACUGUUGGUGAAAAGUAAAACAUUCAAGCAGAUGCUGUUUUAAUUAGCUUAUUUUUUUUUAAUUGUCAGAAAGAUUGUAAAGUAAUAUUUCUCAACAUCUUAGCCCUCUAUUACAUGGUGUUGCCCUCAGCAACAAACCUUUUUGGACCUCACACCACCCCUUUAUUUUUUUUACAUUUUUGUUUUUUUUAAUGAAUUUGUUUUUAUAUAUAAUAUCACCUGACAUGUCUGUUCAAUUAAAUGAGGGGCUGAAGUGGGUGUGACCUUUUGUUUGGGGGUGGAUCAGUCCUUUCAUGAGGCAAAGCCACAUGGGACACACUGCCACCAAUUGGUAAGAUAAAUAUAACUUUUUAACAUUUACAUUGUUUAAAUGACUUUAUAUAAUAAAUAUAUGCAUGUGCAUCA